CUUUCUCAGUUCCCACUCAUCAACUUAAACAACUACUUCAUGAUGCCCAAAGUUCAAAGGACCUCUUCGGACAGCAAUAGAAACCGCAGAAUAGACGCCCGGUCCUGCCUGGGCUGUCAUCGGCGCAAGGUCCGCUGUGACCGUGGAGUGCCUUGCACGAACUGCGCCAGAGCUGGCUGCACCUGCAUCUAUCCGAGCAAGCCUAGCGACGAGCGCAGGAGUCCUUCUCUGCAGCACAUUUCCGAUCGUUUGGAGCGAGUGGAGUCUAUUAUUUCGCAUCUUUGCGAGAGCCGAGCUUCUGGAUUUGCUGCUGGCGGCGACUCCGAGACUCAAGGGCGACAUGAGACCAACCAGCUUUCGUCAGCUCAGCACUCUCAUAUGCCAUGGGAGGUACUGUUAAAUGAUGGACAGAUGGUGCAGUAUGUAAACAAUGCAAACAUUAAGGACCUGCUUCAAGAUGAAGAGCGAAUGAAAGUGACUCGGAGUUCCAGUCCUGAAAGAGAGUUUUCACAUCGACAACCAGAAAACACUCCAAUGUUAGCCGCGCAGCCAGAAUCCUUAGCAGACACCUCGUGCGCCUGGCUCGAAUCAUAUCCCGACCCGCAACUCGCCCUGCGACUGUGGUCAGUGUAUGUAAACUCGGUCGAUCCGGUUCUAAAGAUCCUGCAUAUACCGACUACCCAGUCCGCCGUGAUAGCAACAAUCCUUGAUCCCAAAUCGGCGGGAUCGUCUAUGGUCGCAUUGACAUUUGCGAUUUACUUUGCCGCCAUCACGGCGCUAGGGCAUCACAAUGAACCUGAACUGUUCCUAGACAAGUCCGUCCUCCUGAAGCGCUACAAGGCCGCCUUGGACAGACUUCUUAUCAAUACCGAAGUGAUGAACCGGCCAGAAAUAACGGCGUUACAAGCUCUGGCCAUUUAUGUGACUUGUUUACGAGUCCACGAAACUGCACGCAGCACAUGGGUCCUCAAUGGUUUAACUAUCCGGCUAGCCCAGUCAAUCGGGCUGCAUCGAGAUGGUGCUCACCUCCAACUGAGCCCUUUUGAUGCCGAGAUGCGUCUUCGUCUCUGGUGGCAUCUCUGCGUGCUCGACUCCCGCGCCCCCGAAGACCAAGGGUUCGAGCUGACGCUGGACGUCAUGAACCGCGGCCUCCGACUUCCUCUGAACAUUGACGAUGAUCAAAUCUUUCCUAGCAUGACCCAACUUCCCGAGGAGACGGACGGCUGGACCGAAAUGUCCUUCUUCCUGAUCCAAACCGAAUCUUGCAGACUAAUCCAUCCAGUCCUCGGGACUCGAGGGCCUUCUUCUGUGGACGCUCUUCCCGAGAUCACCGCAAAGAGGAAGAUGAUUCUCGAACGCUCGCAACAAGUAGCCAUGAAGUACCGCCUCUCAUCCAGCAGCAAAUCACCGCCAAGCAACCUCCCCCGCAUCACAAUGCAGCAUUUCACUACGGCCCAUAAGAAAAUGGAGUUCAUGCUGCAACUGCGCGAAGAGAUCGGUACACAGAAAGGGAAAGGAUCGCGCUCUCACAGAGCCGACACUGACGAUGACAGCAGCCAUACUGUGUUCAGGCCCUCAUUUCGUCUCGCCUGUGAGAGUCUGGAAAGCAAUUCCAUCCUCCUGAAGGGCAGCUUUUCUUCAGGCUUCAAAUGGCUCUUCACCACGUAUACGCCGUGGUAUGCGCUCGCCUACGUCUUACGCUGUCUCUGCUCCUGUCCUUGUGGAGGAGAGGCCGAGCGUGCCUGGGCUUUGGUGGACGCCGUCUUUUCUCCAGAGAUGAGCUUUGAUGGUAAAAGACUUUCUUCGGAGGGUGCUCUCCCUACCCAUGCCCCUGGACGGACGCAGACACAGACCAAGGGACAGAGCAGCCUCUGGAACUGUCUCUCUUUGCUUCGCUCCCAGGCCUUAUCGUUGAAGCGCGCUCAGUCCCAGUCUCAGCCCCGGUCAUCAUCUACCAAUAGCGGCGAGAUGCAACCACCACGCCUUGUCGACGAUCCCCUAUACGGUGGAACUGCGCCGUCACCGACUCUCACCGAAAUGCCAGCGCCAGGCAUAUCUUCUCCUCUUCAUACGGACUUCGAAGUCUUUCAUAGCGAGCAGCCAUUUCUUGCUGAUGGAACCGGUAACCCGAAUAUCCUCUCCGGGGCCGACUUUGAGAUGCCUGGGAUUCCGUUCUUGCCGGAAUGGAAUGCAGUGAUUAAUGGGUGCUUGGCUGGGGAGGGAGAUUUCGACUUAUGAUAACUCCUUGCUGCUACAUAAUAACAGAGGACAGAGAUCCUC